AUGUCCAGUCUCAAAAGUAAUGCGCCAACGUUUGCUGCCUACGAUAAACGCGCACAACACUGGAGGCAUGCUAUAACAAAAGCUAAUUUACGAGUCGAACAAAAUUUAUUUCAAGAACGCCAAAAUUAA